AUGGCCCUCACGGCCGCGUCCCUGGCCCCCGGCGCGGCGCUGACCCGGGUCAGCUACCCCAACAACGCGACGUCCAAGGCCGAAAUGUGGGUCUACGUGCCCGACAAGGUCGUCGACAACCCGCCCGUGGUCAUCGUCAUUCACUCGUGCCAGUCGACGGCGCAGUCGUACUUCCGCAACUCCAAGAUCCCGUGGGCGAAAGGGUCCGACAAGAAGGGCUACAUCACGGUGUGGCCCAGCAGCCCCAACAGCGGCACCUGCUGGGACGUGUCGAGCAAGGCCUCGCUCAGGACCAACGGCGGCGGCGACUCCCAGGCCAUCUCCAACAUGAUUCUGUAUGCCAUCGACCACUACAAGGCCAACCCGGCCCGCGUGUACGUCACCGGCGGCAGCUCCGGCGCCAUGAUGUCCAACGUCAUGGCUGCCACGUACCCCCAGCUCAUCAGCGCCGUAUCGCUAUACAGCGGCGUCGCCGCCGGCUGUUUCGUGUCGUCAUCGGGCGGCGUCGACGCCUGGAACAACUCGUGCAGCGGCGGCCAGAGCAAGGCCACGCCCGAGGCUUGGGGCAACGUCGCGCGCAACAUGUUCCCGGGCUACACGGGCCCGCGGCCCAAGAUGCAGAUCUGGCACGGCAGUGCCGACGGCACGCUGGCGCCAGCCAACUACCAGGAAGAGAUCAAGCAGUGGACGAACGUGUUCGGCGUCGACCAAACCCCAACCAGCACCGUGGCCAACUUCCCCGAGCGCAACUACCGCACGGACAAUUAUGGAGAUCACGUCCAGGGCAUCUAUGCCACGGGCGUUGGGCACAGCGUGCCGGCGAACUUGACGGCUAGUGAGGAGUGGUUUGGGCUUUGA